GUCAAAUUGCUAUUUCCUACACACCGAUGUGUGUCGUGCGGUGUGUAAUUUAGAGUCUUUAACAUUUGUUUAGUGUGUGAAUUUAAAAGCUCAACCAUAAGAAAAGCUUUGGUGUUGUGAUGUUCUAAUAUUACCGUUUGUGUAAAAUCUACAUCUAUAAAGACAAGUACAAAAGACCUGUUUAUCGCUAUUGACGGAUGUCCUUGUACAUUUUGCAAGAAUCGUCGUGGCGGUAAAUUUGAUUUUAAGUGUAUUGUUGUUUUAAUAUGUAAUCUCUAUUGUAAUAUUUAAUGCGCGAUGGGUAGUCCUGGACAGGAUUUAAAUUUAAGUGAAAGCACAAGUGAAAAUAAGAACAUCUUAGACGAUAGUGUUACUAAUGUGGAGAAUAAAGAGGUUGAUAAUUCCGAUACACCUCAAAUAGACACGUCGAACAAUGUUACGGCAAGCGAUGCAAAUUCAUCUAAGGAAGAAGAUACGCUCGGUGGUAGUAAUUCGAAAAAAGUAAAAAAGAAAUUUCGUCAUGGAAAGAAGAGUCACGUAGCUUCGAAGGAAAACCCGGAAAGAAGUACUAUUCGCAGGGUUCAUCAUACAGGCACAAAAUUUAAACAGACUAAGAAACGAGCACAAUCAUUUCCAUCUAUCUCGAAAUUUUUCCUUCCAUACAAGAGGCCUCGUAAAGAAGCCUUCAUUCCACCUACUAAGUUUUUGCUUGGAGGAAACAUAUCAGAUCCUUUAAAUCUUAAUAGCUUACAAGAUGAGGAUGUUAACAGAGCAAUGAAUGCAGUCACACCUGAAUCAUCCCCACUGCCAACACCACCACGACAUAAGGCAAAAAUAGAUGUUAUAAUUCCACCAAAUAUAAGAGAUCCUUUAAAUCUCAUGGAACCUUUGGACAAUGAAGAGUAUGAAAAGAGACUUGAAAUGCAACAGCGUAAAAAGACACCUAGAAAGAAGCCCAGAGUGAGGCGUCGCACAACAGAGUCUAUACCUCCACCGGAUGAGGUACAAGUUGAGGAGCAGGAACAAACAAUCAAGGAGCCUCCUCCACCGGAGCCAUCGACGUCGAAAUCGCGCAAACGUUCUUGUAGUGAUAGUGAUAAUAGUUCCCAGAAGGGGAAGGAUGCCAAAAAGUUGCGACGGAUGGAGUCAUUGGAUAAAAUUGUUAGUCCGGUUGUGCCUCAGCCUGGUGCGUGGAUGAGGGCGAGGCCUCAACAAAGAACUGUGACUCAGGAGCGUCCAGUGUCUCCUCACAGGACCAAGUUGAAGAGUCUUUCAGAGGGAGAGCAAAAGCUGCCGACGUUCCAUCCCAAAAAUUCACGAUAUCAGUAUGGAAACUAUGAUAGAUAUUAUGGAUACCGCAAUUUAAAUGCAAUGAUGGAUAUACGUCUGCAAGUCUUUGAAAUGCAUCGGCAUUUGUUCCAAAAUAAAGAUGUGUUAGAUAUUGGUUGUAAUGUUGGACACAUUUCUGUAGCGGUCGCUCGAACUCUGGGUGCAAGAUCUGUGGUUGGAAUUGAUAUUGAUCCUGUUCUUAUUGGCCGGGCGCGUAAGAAUCUACAAUCAUUUGUACCAGUACCAUCGGAAACAGCAAAAGGCGAUGAUGAGAAGAAAUCGGAAGCCGGUGAAGAAAAAAAAGACUGUGAUAAGUGUAAAGAAGAGAAGUGCGACGAGUGUGUGGGAUCUGAUCAGAAGUUAGAUAAAGAGGAUGAUAAGAAAGCCUUUACAGGGCGGAAAUUGAAGAAACCGCGUAAGAAUCGAAAGGCGAUCCAUAAACCAGAGACGCAGUGCUUUUUCCCAAUGUCUAUGUCAAUGCUCUUUGGGCCGAUUGGAGACACGCAGGCAGCAGAUACAUCACCACCACUGUUUCCGUAUAAUGUUACAUUCAAACAGGGCAACUAUGUGCCCCGCGAAGAUGUAGCAGUGGGCUCCGGUAUGGAGAGCCCCCAGUUCGACCUGAUCCUGUGCCUGUCGACCACCAAGUGGCUGCACUUGAACUGGGGCGACGCGGGCCUGAAGCGCGCCUUCCGUAGGAUGUUUAACGACCUGCGCCCGGGCGGGAAACUCGUGCUAGAAGCGCAGAACUGGGCUAGCUAUAAGAAAAAGAAGCGUUUAACGCCAACCAUUUAUGAAAACUUCAAUUCAAUUGAGUUAUUCCCGAACAAAUUCAGAGAGUAUCUUCUGUCGCCCGAAGUCGGUUUCAGCAAGAGCUGCAUCCUGGGGGUGCCGCAGCACGCCAGCAAGGGGUUCCGGCGGCCGAUCCAGCUGUACAUAAAGGGCGACUUCACGCCGAGCAAGGCGCGCUGGUCGGACGCGUACGCGCCGUCGUCGCACCACAAGCCGGAGGCGGAGCCGCCGCGGCGCACGGUGUACGCGCCCGUCGCGCCCGCGUACCGGCCCAGCGACGACGCGCCCUCGUGCGGCGCCGUGACGCCGUACUCGCCCAACCUGGACUGCUGCGCGGACGACUCGCCGUUCUACAACCCGCGCAGCGACUCGUACGCGCCGUCGUACCAGCCGCCGCGGCUGACGGUGUACGCCACGCUGCCGUCGCCGCUGGGCAGCGCGUCGCCGGCCGCGUCGCCCGCCGCGUCGCCCGCGCCGCACGCGUCGCCCGCGCCCGACCCGCUGUCCGCGCGCGGCUUCCCGCCGCCCGACCACGACUGAACCCCGCCCCGCGGUGCCCAUUCCGCCUUUGGUUUAUGUAAAUAUCGGUAGAUACCCUAAGAUUAUGUUCCGAUAGGCUGAAAAUAUUUUAUAAUA